AUGAAAUCGCUGUCUCCCCAAUUCAUCAAGCCCUGGCUUCCCAAGUCAUCCCCUCCAUUAUACCUCUUUAAGAACGCCACCAUUAUUGACCCUGUCACCGGCACCUCUACUGCAUCCCAAUAUAUCUUCACUCAAAAUGGCACAAUUGCUGCCAUUACUUCAGACGACACGACACUCCCAGCAGAAGCUUCAGAGGCUACCGUCAUCGAUGUUGCUGGCAAAUAUAUCUGUCCUGGCCUCAUCGACGCCCACGUCCACAUCGCUGCUGCGCCAGGUGACUCGGAUUUCUCAAAGGUCAUGUCCACACCGGAGCACGUCUCCAUGCUCCGCAUGACCUAUGUCUGUCGCGAUAUUCUCGCCCGCGGCUUCACUACCGUCCGCGACUGUGGCGGCGCCCCGUAUGCCCUCAAGCAGGCAACAGAGGAAUGGCUGGUCCCUGGACCCAGGCUUUACAUCAGUGGUCAUGCAUUGAGUCAGACAGGUGGCCACGGUGAUUUCAGAAGCUGCCAUGACCAUACACACUGUGUAUCUGGGUUUGUCUCCGGACUCGGAAGGGUCUGUGACGGUGUAUCAGCCUGUCUGGCUACAGCGAGAGACGAGAUACGCCGAGGAGCAGACUUUAUAAAGAUCAUGGGCAGUGGCGGAGUGGUCAGUCCGACGGACAGACUCGAGGGCAAGCAGUUCAGUCCAGAAGAGAUCCGAGCUGUGGUUCUAGCUGCAUCGAAUCAUGGGACGUACGUGACAUGCCAUGCUUAUUCGCCUGAUUCCAUUCGCAUCGCCAUCGAGAGCGGCGUCAAGGGCAUUGAGCACGGUAACCUCAUUGAUGAACCAACAGCCAAGCUCAUGGCGGAGAAAGGAUGCUUUCUCACUCCAACACUCGUCACAUAUCAAACCCUAGCGGAUCCAGCGUUGCCUCAAUUCUUGAAUGAGGAUUCGCAGGCAAAGAACAAGAAAGUCCUUGCCAUGGGAAUUAAUGCCCUCAAGAUCGCCAAGGAGGCAGGCCUCACACUUUGCUACGGAAGUGAUCUUCUUGGACCGCUUGGGAUAUACCAAACCCGGGAGUUCAGCAUCCGUUCAGAAGCUCUGAGCAAUCUUGACAUUCUCCAAAGCGCAACCGUCAAUCCGGCGAGGAUGCUUGGCGAAACAAACACCUUGGGCCAGGUCAAGACGGGGUUCAAGGCAGACUUGCUGAUUCUGAACAGCAACCCACUAGAUGACAUUACAGUGUUUGAGCGUCAGGAGCAGGAGCUCGUGGCGGUGAUCAAGGACGGCCGGGUAUGCCUGAGUCGCACUCCUCAACUGUCAGGGCUUCUUGAUGCCUGGAAGACAUUCUAG